UCUGUGUGCUGGCUGGGCUGGCUCACGCCUUGUUUGGCACAGCCAGGACAGAGCCUGCCUGUUUAGCUUUGGCUGUGGCAGUUUUUGCUUACAAGAAAAAACUGUUCCCUGCACUCUCCAAUUGCAGUUGGAUGAGCUCUGGAUGCAAGGAGGAGAAAAAAUAACAGUGCAGCUCUAAGAUGAAGCUUCCAUCUGGGCAAAGCAUAAGGCUGGUAUACCUUCUGCUGAAUCUGGCUUCUUUCUGUCUCCCCAACCCACUCUGGAAGGACAGAGACUCACUAAUGCAGGAGGAAAAAGCCCAUCAGACAGGUGGUAAUUUGGUGCUGAACAAACAGGAACAGCAGCUCAGUACAAAGCUUGUAAGCCUCAAGAAGAAGGAGGUCGCUACAGCCAUGAAUACAGGCCUGUUCCCUCCAAGCAUGCACUUCUUUCAGGCCAAAAGCCUCAUUGAUCAAAGCACAGUGUUCAGCACAUUAAAGCGCAUGCCAAAAGGUGCUGUCUUACACCUGCAUGACUACGCCAUCUUGAGUGUAGACUGGCUGGUUUACAAUGCCACCUAUAUGCCCAACUGCUACAUCUGCUUCACACGCACAGGCACAGUGCGGUUUAGGUUUUCCAAGCCUCACCCUCCUCAACCCACGCCAGUCCAGUGCUCCGAGUGGGUGUUGCUGGAGACAUACCGAAAGCAGUUGCCCAAUGUGACCAAGUUCGAUAACAGCUUGCUGAGAAACUUGACCCUGGUGACAGAUGCCCCUGAGCUGGCCUAUCCUUCUCAGGCUUACAUUUGGAGAAGAUUUGAAGAAGUCUUUCUCAUUGCCUCUGGCCUUAUCUGCUAUGCACCUGUGUUCAAGGCCUAUUUCUACCAGGGCCUGCUGGAACUCUAUGAGGAUAACAUACAGUAUGUUGAGAUAAGAGCUCUCCUGCCUGCGGUGUACGAACUGGAUGGCACUCGGCACAGUAAGUCCUGGUCCGUGGCAACAUAUCAGGAAGUGACCAAGCAGUUUGUGAAAGAUCACCCUGACUUUGUUGGAGCAAAGAUUAUAUUUACAGCACACAGGAUGCUGAAUGUUUCCCAGAUUAAAGACGCCAUCGUCACUGCCAUGGCACUCAGAGCCCGCUUCCCAGACUUCCUGGCAGGCUUUGACCUGGUAGGCAAUGAGGACGAAGGUCAUUCUUUAUGGGAGCUGAAGGAUGCCCUGACCAUCCCAUAUUCCUUGGGGGUCAACUUGCCAUACUUUUUCCAUGCUGGGGAGACUGACUGGCAGGGCACCUCUAUAGACAAUAAUGUGCUGGAUGCUCUGCUACUGAACACCAGCCGGAUUGGCCAUGGACUUGCCCUCAUUAAACACCCAGUAGCCAAAGAUUUAUCUCUGAAGAGGGAUAUUCCGAUAGAAGUCUGUCCUAUCUCCAACCAGGUGCUGCUGUUGGUAGCUGACUUGCGGAGCCACCCUGCAGCCAGCCUCAUGGCUGAAGGACACCCCAUUGUGAUCAGCCCCGAUGAUCCCCCUAUCUUUGGGGCAAAGGGUGUCUCCUAUGACUUCUACGAGGUGUUCAUGGCCAUUGGAGGGGUGAAUGCUGACUUGAGGACCUUAAAACAGCUUGUACUCAACUCUAUAAAAUACAGUGCCAUGCUACCAGAAGAGAAAGCCAAGGCCAAAGAUAUCUGGCAGAAAAAAUGGGACCAGUUCAUAGCUGACCUCUCUGAUGAUAGCUUUUUGAGGGAGCUUUAGAAGGGAGGAGAGCCAUCUCAGAAGGCAGCUGGCAAGUCAGAGUGAGCGAAGCUUAUUGCUAACGCAGAGACAGAGAGUGCUUCCUGCAUAGGGCUUGAGCAGACAAGCCUCUAAGUCUCACAUGGGAAUGGGUGAUUCUGGUAAACUAGACUUAAUGCUAAGAACAAGUUGUGCUAUCCUAUGAAAGUCAUCGACUGGAGGUAAAAUGCAGUUGUGAGCCUUUGUAACAGCAACAGCAGCAACAACAACAACAAAAUACCCUGCUCAAAAUGACAUAGUCAAAACACAAUUAGAAAUUGCCAGUGACCAAAUCCUGACAUUCUUGUUCAGGGAAAACAUGGCUUCUAAUUAGAGUUAGUGGGAGAUUGCCAACAUGAGGAUCUCUGAAUUUUGCCUUAUCAUUACAAAACGCAGACCUUGUCCGGAAACAGCUAAGACAAACAUCCAGCCAUUUGGGCCACUGACCUUCAGGAGAGCAAGGACUGAAAAUGACUCUUGUUAUGUUUAACCCUGGGCCUGCUGCCAAAAUAGCACUGCUAGGUCGAAGAACCAGUCAUAGGUCUGAUGUCUGCUAUUUCAGGACUUACCAGUGCUGCAAACAAGUUGAUGGAACUGUACAAAUGCUCCCAGAAUGUUGAAGCUUGGUCACACAGUGAUCACAAAACUAAGAAAGUGCCUCAGUUGCUGACGGUUUUUUCAAGCAGAAUCCUUUUGUGUCCUCUGGUCGCAUGGAAACUAAAAUGCUUUUCAGCUGAGAAAAAAAAAAAAAAAAAAAGCCCACCCUCGCUUCCCAGAUCCAGCUUAAUUAAAACACUGCUCCUGCACAAGAACAUGUUAACAUAGGGCUAACCUAGUCUGAUCUGCAUUUAUAGAAAGCUCCUUUUGAUUUCUGGGGGUUCCACUGUGGGCAUGCACUGCCUAAAUCAAAGCACACAUGUGCCCUUAUUCAACUAUGUCCAUAUCAGACAGACCUUAGUGGAAAGCCAUUCUCAUGCUUUGGAUAUCCAGUAUUUUCACCUUUGUAGUUGCCAGUUCUUUGGCAGAAAAGUAUUGCACCAAUUACACAAUAAGUAGUGUUGAGACGAGCAGAUUCCCUUGCUUAGCAACAUCAGAAAUACUGGGGAAAGAAAUAGUUUCAGGACGACUGCUUUGUAUAAGGGAGAUUUAAAAAGAAAUCUUAACCAAGAUGCUAAGCAAUUUCAGCAAAAUCCUUCAGCACAAAUGUUGAAAGGCCACAUAGCCCAACUAUGCAGCCAGGAUCAGCUGGAGUCUUUCUGGCUUCAGUGGAAUCACACUGGUUUGCCUUGGCCAAGGAAGCUGUCAUGGAGAAUUUACACUUUUUCCCAAUAAAAGAUGUCUUCCUCCUCAGAGCCUACAACUUGCUCUGUCUGUCAUUGCCUGAUCUGACCAGCUCAGGCUAACUGGCUGUCUUUACAUUUUCUGCUAAUUGGUCCAAGCUGCCUGGCCAUAGUCUUUAUUUCCACCCACCUCAAGUAAAAUGCAGGUGGGACAAAAGAACACUUACUGCAGAAGCUAAUCAAGCUGCACAGCCUGUGUGUCCCUUGCUUGCAAAGCAUUAAUUUGUCCACAUUUCACAGACUGCAAGUUUCCAUCUAGCUAUCUCAGGCAAAACCAAAACAAAAACAGAACACACUGAAGGCACCUGGACUGCAGAACACAAACCAGCAGAAAAGCAAACCACAGAAAGCAGAAAGUGGGAACCCACUGACAGAUUUUGCUAAACAAGUGAGUUUAGCUCCUCAUACCACUACCUCUUCCAGCUACAGAUACCUCCAGAUAUGGCUUUCUGCCCACAUGACCCACACCUUCCUCUGAAGACCAGCAACUGCUCUUUGCAAGUUAGCUGUUCAGAGGCCUUGAUGCAGAGCUGGUAAGGGCAGUGAGCUUUAUACUGGAGGAGGAGUCAAGAAGAAACACCUCCUCCUCUGUGGGUGCAGCAUACAGGCCUCCAAGUGAUGUCCCCCAGGUUGCCAUUGCUUGGAGAUUAUAAAUGGUGACUGGGGAAAUGCCUUUUCUUUUACGCUGAUGAGAAAAACUGCUGCAAAAUGCUGAACAAGUGCUAAUGAGUGACCUAAAGUCACGUCCCUCUGAGCCCUCUGGUAUUUCAGCUUACUACAUGUCUGUGGAGGAAGAUCUUUUAUUUGCUGUGAGCUGAUUCUCCCUUAAGUGAGCCUCUUUGCUGCACAGUGAAGCUAAUCAUUAGAGACUUUGUGUGGGAGGACCUCAGGUCCCUAACACAGGUUUACCCACCUCUAUUCCUUUUCUACUUCAGUGAAAAGGUUUUAGCUGUCACAGUAUUGACCUGUAUACUUCCUGCAUGUGUUUUCUCAGGGGCUUGAACCACUGAUGGCCUUUUGGUUACAUGUACUUCUCCCUCCUCACUAUCUGCAAGCAGGGUUAGCUCUACUGAUUGCUGAAGACUUGCUGAGCUCAGCUUACCUGU